AUGAAGAGAUCGGCCCAUCAGGGAGGUCGGGUCUCGACAAAUUUGAGCUGUAAAGUCGGCGGUAUCAACAACAGCGAAAUCUGGAUUCGGUGGUUCACGGACUCAAUUGAAUCGGACCCCAACACCCUCACCGGGAAUAUUCAAACCCUAAGGAAGAAGCUGUCGGUCUACCCCCGCCGAGCCACCGAUCGCGCGAGAAACCGAAUCCUCUACACGCAGCCGCAUCGACCCGAGACCGCGUCGCACGACUGCCACCGUAAAGCUCGGACCGACCCCGCUAUAGCUGACGGGACCAUCGUCAACUGGCAGUCUGUCAGCCCUCUCCAACCGCCACAAAUCGUGGAUCUGGAGGCUUGCAAACUCAGAGAGAAGACAAUUGAAAAGGAAUUUCUGAAAUUGAGGACUGGAAAAAAAUUGGAGAUCGAUAAAGAAGAAGAAAAGAAAAUGACGAGAGGGAUCUUAAUUGAUCUACUCGGUACAGCUGGGAACAGAUUAAUGCUCUUUGCAGUUGGCGUAUCUUUAAACCCCUCAAGUGCCCGAGAAGCUUGCAGAGCCAUUUCCGCAUGGAGCUGGAGACAUGCCAUGGCCAGCUACAUCAUAAAACGUAAAACACCAUAA